GAAACUAAUAAUUAAAAUUACUCUUUCCUUCCGAGAAAAGAAAGAGUAAACUCUCGAGACAAGCUGGGAGGAUGUUGGCUAUGGCGGUUUCUCUUUGCCGCUAAAUAUUUGGGAUUAACGCAGAGAUAACACAGUGGGGAAAAAAAAGUUUUGAUUGAUCUUCUUUCUGUCCAAAAAAAGAAAGAAAGCAGGAAAAUGGGAUCGUCCAAACGCGGACCAGACAACAAGCAGAGCAUCACCGAUCACACUCGCAAUCUCCAUCUUCGUCUCCAACAAGCUCUCAAUUUGGGAACCCGAAGGCCUCAAGAAAGGCCGGGUAGAAAAUGGCAGUGCACAGAUAUUCAGAUACAAAAACAGGUGGUUCGCUUGAUCUCUGCAUAUCUUGAUUCCGUUUCUGGAGUUGUGUUGCACAAUCCACUUUUUAAGAAUUCCGUCCCUGAUAUAGUUGAAGCAUUGGUAUGCACUCUUGAGUGCAAAAAUGAGGCCUUAUUGAGCAUGGCAACAAAUGCGACACUAAAAUUGGUUAGCACCUUACCUUCCUCAAUUAUGGAAUCUCAUGUGUUGGAUUUGGUUAGUCCUUUGUCAUCCUUGAUAUCCCACCGUCAAACAGACAUUGCUACAGCAUGUGCAAAGGCUUUAACAAUUGCUCUCCCAAAUAGAACCAUUGCGAACGAAAAAGAAGUUUGGGAUGUUGUGAAGAGAACGGAAAGCGUUAGUCAGGCUAUUAAUAACAUACGGUCUUUCUCUAGAGGUGCAAAGCCAAUUGAAUAUUUCCAACAGAUGGUUUUGCUGUUGAGUAAAGUACUACUGAGAUGGCCGCCAUCUAGAUUUUCUGUGUGGAGUGAUGCUCUCUUGUUGCAAACUUUGUAUGAUGCACUUGCAAAUUGGGAUUCAGAUUCUUUUGUGAAAGUGGAAGUUUUGAGAUUGCUUUCUGCCAUAGCUUUAUGCGAUAGUGGAGCCAUGAAACUUCUUCAAAAUGGAGAAGGCCUUCUAGAAGCAAUGGUGCAAUGCAUGGACAGUUCGCAGCCUCAUUCCGUUCGAGUGGAAGGAUUCAAGCUUGCCCAAGGCUUAGCGCUAAAUGCACAGAGGGCUUUCAAAAUGUUAAGCUUCUGUUGUGAACCUUUUAUUCGAGCUUUAAUUUCCGGGAUUAGUGAAUGGCGGAUGAAGUCAAGAAAGGUUAGCAAUGAUCAGAUAUCUUUGAUAGUAGAGGCACGUAUCUUGGCUCUAAUUACUCGUUGGGGAGGCAAACAUCACAAAUUGUUCUGGAGAUAUGGGAUUGAUAAGGUCCUCCUUGAUCUUCUCCUGGAAAAUUUUCAUAACCAACUACAUGACAAUUCAUUGUCGCUAAAAGGGCAGAUAUCGAUUGCAAGGGAGAGUCUCAAUUCCAAUUAUUCUCUUGUUGUGAGGGAUCAUAUUUGGGAUAUUCUUGGAUGUCUUGCUACACAUUGGGAGGAAGAUUUCCACUCUGAGAGACAUAAAAAAAAGCUCUCCAUUGACAUGCUCAUUACAUGUGCUUGCGUGGCCUUUGUGGAUACAAUUCAGAAAUGGAUCACUCAUGACUUGCAAAGGGAAUCAGUGAUAAGGGCUGUUUUGUUGAUGAUUCAUUCUCCCUGCACAUACAUUGCAUCAAAAAUAAGAUUCGUACUGUCUGAAGUAUUGAGACCAAAUAGAGGGCACAUUUUGAAACACUUGCUGUCUACACUAAAAAAUAUACCAUCGAGAAACAAUUUUGAUAGACUACAAAUCAUGAGUUAUGUGAUGGCUUUGGCAUGUUAUAUAGGUUUGCCAGAGUUUCGAGUGCAGGUUCUUGAACUUUCAGGGGUAAGAACUUUAUUUACUCUUUUAACGUGGUGUUUAAGUAAUGGUGUUAAUGAGGGCAGUCUGGGAUCCACGUUAUAUUUGCAUAAUUCGCUCCUUGGGCGUACUUGUUGCCUUGUUUCUUUGGAAGACUGGGAGGGCGAAGACAUUAUCGUGCUUUAUAUUUUGUGGGGCCUAGGUGAGUUGAUCAAGCAUUCUACACCACACAUAAGUAAUAACUUACAUGUAUCUUCUGGUGGGAUGAGGUAUAGUGUACCAGAAUUACUGAACAAUCUUUGGGAGAUUUGCAUUAACACAUCUGCUCCCGGAGUACGGUGGUUUGCUACCUUUGCUCUUAGUGCUCUUGGAUUGUAUGGUUUUCCGAGUAAACUUGGGAACAGGAUUGGCAAAGCACUUAGUGAGGAGGAUCAUAAAGAUAUAAGACUCAUCCUCGCAAAUGGAGACUGUUUGAGUGUUCAUGGUGUUAUUUUGGCCAUUCGAUGUCCAUCAUUGCUGCCUUUUGAAGAGUUCCAUAUUAGUGAAGAAACAAAUGGUUCAUCAGUGCCGAGCUCCAUGGGAAUGGGUGACAGGUUUCAGAAAGAAAUCCGAUUAUCUUCUCAUGUUGAUCACCAGGCAUUGUCAAGGUUGUUGGAUUUUGUGUACUUUGGAUAUCUACAAGCCGAAGAAGAACUCGUGAAGAAAUUGAAAACACUUGCUAAACGUUGUAAUCUUCAGCCUCUUUUGCAAAUGCUUUGCUGCAAAGUUCCAAAGUGGGGCACUCCGUUUCCUAGCUAUGAUCUUUCUCUAGCACUUGGUCCAGUUGGACACCGUUUUUCGGAUGUCAUCAUGGAAGCUAAAGCAAAUGAAACCCUGGUUUGGACGUGUGAUUUUUGCUCUGUGUUGGUGCCACACGUGCAUGUUCACAAAGUUAUAUUGGCGUCAAGUUGUGAUUAUCUGCACGGUUUGUUUUGCUCAGGAAUGAUGGAGAGCCAUUCAAAAUCUAUGAAGGUCGAUAUUAGUUGGGAAGCAAUGGUUAAAUUGGUAGCGUGGUUUUAUACCGAUAAGCUGCCAAAUCCUCCCUCUGGAUGCAUGUGGGAGAAUAUGAACGUUGAAGAGAAGCUGCAUGAGCUACAGCCAUAUGUGGAGCUUUGUUGGCUUACUGAGUUUUGGUGUCUAGAGAAUGUUCAAAAAGCAUGUUCAGAUGUGAUUGUAUCUCGUCUGGACUCAUCAGGACAAUUGUCUGUUAAAAUAAUGCAAACUGCUGCUCAUUUGUCGGUGGAGAAGUUAGUUGAGGUUGCGGUGAUUUGUGCGGCUCCUUUCUUUCGCGAACUAUGGGAAUCUGGUGAACUUGGAGAUCUGGAUGAGGUGCUAGUUGAUAGGAUUCGUUUUGCUUCUGUCGAACUUUCUCAAGAGAGACCACUCUAGAUAGGCAUACUAUUCAGAUGAUUUUGAGGAUUCAGUAUGGUUCAGUACUGUGUAGAGGAAAACCUAUCAAGUGCUCAAGCGGCUAGUCAGGUAGACCAACAAAACAAUCAUCCAUCUAGAGGAAAAUCAAACGGCAGAGGGGACACCAGAGAAGAAUUGAGC